AACAUGCACCACGUGACACCAUUAGCGCUAUACUUCGGUAUUGUUCUGGAAAAGGUAUUUUCUCUCACGGGCUAUGAGGCUGGUUCUCUGGAAGCCAAAAGCGGUCCUACACUGCACAAAAUCGAUAAAGGAAGUAGCGACAGGAACGCCUGGCUCUCUUUUGCUUUACAGUUUAGCAGUUUUGUGGCUGAAUGUGGGCGGAUGCUCUUCUGUUCCAGACUGGCUGCUGUCACUCGACGAACGCUGCUGUGUGGCUCUGAUGCGUGACCGUCCACAUUUCUUUCUUUUUCUUUGUGAACUGUAAUAUUCUCUCUCUUUUGUUGCGCCUGCAGCUCUCUGAAGAAGAAAUUGGCAUUUUUUAUAUAUAAUAGCAUCAUCAUCUCCUCUGAGUGUAGAGACGGCACGAUUGCUACACCUGCCAUGGCCUCAUAAUUAAAUAAUUUACUUCGGAAUAAUAUCAGUGAGAUAUUUUUCUAUUCACCGGUUUCAAAAUACACCGUAAAGAAUAGUAUAUUUCUACCAAUCAUAUCUGACCAAUUAGAGACAACGUGUGGGCCAAAGCCACGCCCAUUAAAUACAGCUAUGCUUAUCUCCUUUCUAUUUGCUCAUUCUUUUUUCAUCGUUUGACUUAGACGUCUUCGACGCCCUCUUUCGUCACGGAGUGGAAAGACAACAGCGCAUGUCGGGACAAGCAAAUUCACAUUCAAACUGUCUUAAACACACCUUUUAUUCCAAGAAUGUAACCAAUAUAUAUGUAUUACAUCGUAUAAGUGAUGUCUACAUACACCCCUCAGACACCUAAAUAAUUUAGAAACAGAACAAAGGUAUAAAUAUUUAAGUGCAAAGUCAUUAGAUACCAGGUAGGCUACCUGAGCCACAUGACGCAUCAAGGACAGAGGAUUUAGAAAGCUAAACUAUUUUAAGUUGUAUUUGUUGCUUUAAAAGAAAUAUAGUUGAUCGAUUACUGAUAAAAUGUUAGUUCAGGUGUUUGAGACAAUUUGGGAGACCUUCCAGUCAAAAGACUCAGUUUUGCAAUCUAUGUGGGACUAUGUGCGACUCAACCACUCUGAAACUCUUCGGUCUCCUCUCUUUCCUGUGAUUCUGACCGUAGCGUCGUAUUUUGUGCUUUGUCUACCCUAUUUAUUCUGCGACAUCAUGGGAAAGAAGUGGCCAGCUAUUAACCGGUACAAGAUCCAGCCCGACAAGAUGCCCACAACUGCAAUGCUCCUUCACUGCAGUGGAGUUACUCUUUAUAAUCACGUCCUUCUGGUGUUUCCUGCCGCAGUAGCGCAGUGGAUGUGGAGACCUCCUGUCCCCCUUCCUGAAAGAGCACCUACACUGCUUGAACUUGCAGGAGGGGUGACUGUAAACCUUCUUCUUUUUGACUUACAGUAUUUUAUCUGGCACUUUUUGCAUCAUAAGAUCCGCUGGCUGUAUGUGACUUUCCAUGCUAUCCACCAUAAAUACUCCGCCCCAUUUGCUCUGGCCACACAGUGCCUUGGCGGAUGGGAGUUGGUGACGGUGGGCUUCUGGACCACGAUCAACCCCAUUCUGCUGAGGUGUCACCUGCUCACCACCUGGAUGUUCAUGGUGGUCCACGUCUAUGUAUCGGUGGAAGACCACUGCGGAUAUGAUUUCCCUUGGUCCACGUCUCGUCUGAUCCCAUUUGGUGUUUAUGGAGGUCCGAGCAAGCAUGAUGUGCACCACCAGAAACCUAAUACUAACUUUGCACCCCAUUUUAGUCACUGGGAUAAACUGUUCGGCACUCAUGCUGAUUUUAGUUUUGCUAAAGCUCAGUGAUGAGCAUUCAUGUGUAAAUAUUAUAUUUGUGUGUUUGGUUGCUUCAGGCAGAGCUUAAACAAAGCAGAACUUCAGUUUUCACUUUUACUUUAUUUGUAUAGGAACAGUAUUAAAGGCAUGAUUUUAGUGCAACAAAUUUAAAUAAACAAAUUAAAAAUUAAGACAAGAAAACGAUGCAUAGAGAUUAUAGUAAUAUAAUGAAGGCUAAUUUGCAUAUCAUAAACAUAGUUAUAAUUAGUAAAUUUCUAAAAACGAGUAAGAAUCUGUUUGUUUUUUAACCAGCAUUUUAACAUUAUGACAGAACUCAAAUCUUGCAUCUGUUGUAUGUAAGUUGAGAACCUUUUACAGAGAUAAUUCUUCUGGUAAUAUUAUGUCUAUUUAUUCAUUUAGAAAUCAAUUUUAUGUUGAUUAUCAACUUUAAUCAGCUGUAUUAUAUUAGCGUUUAAAAACUAGUUUUACAUAUGAUACAUUUAUACGGUUUUAAAAUGCACAAGAAUAAAAAAAAAAGUAUAUUGUGACCUUUUAUGAUUUAUCACUGUAAGUGAUUUUAAAGUUAAUUGGAGCAUGUUUUACAAAUAAAUAUAAUUUUAGUGUUUCUGCUUAAAAAUGUUGUUUAAUUCAAUGUUUUACUUGCCCUUUCUUUGAAUUAUUUGUGAAAUUUACUAGCAAUUUCUUGAAAACUGUUUCAAAGGAAAUCCUACAGUAUUCUUUUAUUGUUUAUUUAUUUAUUUAUUUUAGUGAUUGUCAAUUUAUUUGUUUGGGUCCACACUGUGGCACAAUCUGAAAUGUGAGUCAAAAUCAUUGCAUACACAAUACAUUAAAAAAUACUAUAUUAUAUCCUUUUAUUUUCUUCAGCUAUAAAACAGGUGUUGAAAGGAAAAUAUGUAUUUAUUUUUGAUUUCUCCUACAUACUAUGGUAAACUCAGAAGCAAAUUUUCACAAGAGGACGUUUUUUUUCUUUUACUUUUUUAAAGGAAAGCAGAUUUGCACAUACGUGUGAACUCAAAGUAGAUCAUAAUGCAGUUGCCUCUCGUUUCAAAUCCUGAUUUGAAUCUCUGUGUUGAUAAUAUUCUGUCUGUUUUUUAAGACUAAACUGUAAUAUUUACACAUCUGUUGUUUAUUUCAUGGAAUAGUUAACAUUGCUUUAGUCGUGUUGGGUGUAUGCAUUGAUCUGAUUGAUUGUGAUUAUGCAACUCAGUGAUGUAACAGCAGGUGUCAGUAAAGAGAUUACUUAGUUAAAUCCCAUUGUGUAACUAUCUUGCAUGUAACCGUUUACUUUCUAUAUUUAAUUAUUAAAUAAAUUUAAUUUAAUAAGUCGAUGUUUUUAAUAGCAGGAAAAUAUGUAGUUCUUUGCAGUUACAAAAAAAAUAAAAAUAAUAUUAAGAUAGAAUAGUUAAUAUUUUAUAAAUACAAUGUGAGUGAUGCGUGCCGGUGCAAACUUGUAAUGCUUAAUGCUUUGCUAAAGCCAGCGCUACUAAUAAAAGUCUA